AUGGCCGCGGGGCCGCCCGGCAGCCGCCGCCUCCUGCCGCUGCUGCUGCUGCUGCUGGGGCCGGCGCUGGGGCCGGCGCUCGCCCAGGGCUUGGGGCAGACGCGGUUCGUCUGCACCUCGGUGCCGAUGGACGGGGACGUGUGCGCGGCGUCGGCGCUGGGCACCGGCUCGGCCGAGGAGCUGAAGGGCACCGUGCUGCAGCUGCGGGAGACGGUGCUGCAGCAGAAGGAAACCAUCAUGAACCAGAAGGAGACGAUCCGCGAGCUCACGGCCAAGCUGGGCCGCUGCGAGAGCCAGAGCGUGCUGGAGCUGCCCGGCGAGGGAAAGGGCAGGAAGGGCUUUUCCAAGAACACCAUGGGCGACCUGUCGCGGCCGGCCGCCGCCGAGACCCUCAGCCAGCUGGGGCAGACGCUGCAGUCCCUGAAAACCAGGCUGGAGAACCUGGAGCAGUUCAGCAGGAUGAACUCCUCCAGCCAGACCAACAACCUGAAGGACAUCCUGCAGAACAAGAUCGAUGACCUGGAGAAGCAGGUGCUGUCGCGGGUGAACAGCCUGGAGGAGGGCAAGCUCAGCCCCCGCAACGAGUCCGAGGAGCGCGGCAAGAUCGAGAGCACCCUCACCUCGCUGCACCAGCGCAUCAGCGACCUGGAGAAAGGCCAGAAGGACAACCGGCCCCCGGACAGGUUCCAGCUCACCUUCCCCCUGCGCACCAACUACAUGUACGCCAAGGUGAAGAAGAGCCUGCCCGAGAUGUACGCCUUCAGCAUCUGCAUGUGGAUCAAAUCCAGCGCCUCCCCCGGCAUGGGCACCCCUUUCUCCUACGCCGUGCCCGGGCAGGCCAACGAGCUGGUGCUCAUCGAGUGGGGCAACAACCCCAUGGAGAUCCUCAUCAACGACAAGGUGGCCAAGCUGCCCUUCGCCAUCAACGACGGCAAGUGGCACCACAUCUGUGUCACCUGGACCACGCGGGACGGCGUGUGGGAAGCCUACCAGGACGGCACCCAGACGGGCAACGGCGAGAACCUGGCCCCCUACCACCCCAUCAAACCCCAGGGCGUCCUGGUGCUGGGCCAGGAGCAGGACACGCUGGGCGGAGGGUUCGAUGCCACGCAGGCCUUCGUGGGGGAGCUGGCCCACUUCAACGUGUGGGACCGCAAGCUGAGCCCGGGGGAGGUGUACGGGCUGGCCACCUGCAGCUCCAAGGCACUCGCCGGCAACGUCAUCGCCUGGGCCGAGGCCAACAUCGACAUCUACGGCGGGGCCACCAAAUGGACUUUCGAGGCCUGUCGCCAGCUCAACUAG